AUGGGGGAGUUUUGUUCAAAACCUGAGAGUGGGAAUUCUCAGCCACAUCCUAACGCACCAAACGGUGGAACUCAAAAUAAUCGUUCUAGGGAUGGCAACGUUGUUAAUGCUUCGACGGCAUCAGCUGGCUUCCUAUCCAAUAUGUGCGAUACGAUAUCGCGCCUACAAUCUGAAAGUCACUUACCUCCUAACUCUCUACCACCUGGGUCACGUAUCGCAGUCAGUCCUGAACAAGCCUAUGUCAAUAAUAUUAAUCGGAAUGGUAGACCUGAAGUUUUGUCUGGCGCAGCCCCUCCGCAUACAUCUGGAUCUCACGCAGGAAUGCUAACCGCUGAAGAUAUGCUGGCUGCAGCACAGAUUUGUAGUCACCUCAGUCAGUCUCAACUCAGCGCUCUGGCGGCAGCAUAUCACCAUCAGCAGCAACAAAUCCAGCGUUCGGUAAAUCCAAUGGCUGCAGGAAAUCCGUCACUUGGUCACGUCCCAGGUAUGACAUUCCCCCAGGCUUUGGCAGCUGUACCAUCAAUAUCGAAAUCAUCCUCUCCUACAGUCUCAUUGGGUGUUCAUAAUACUCAUCAGCCACCUCGACAACCGUUUCACCCAAGUCAGGCAGUGAUGCAUCAAAACAGUCAAAAACGACCUCCUAGUGGACAGUCUCAGUUCCAUCCAAAUCAUUCUGCCCAAAUAGGAUCAACUGCGUCUAGUACUCGCCCAACUUUAGCCAGUCAGUCUAUCCUUCAUCAUCGUGGGAACCACACCGGUCUUCCAGGAUUUGGUGCAGUGAGCUCGCAUGGUAGUAUUUCACAACCAAUCACAUCCCAUAUAGAACCUGGUUCAAAUUCGCACAAUGCGCACCAUCAGACAAGGGCAUCACCUUCUCUGUCUCCCAGUCCUGGAAACAACAUUUAUCAGAACCGCCGCUCUCAACUGGCUCCUCCUUCGAAUCAUCCGAAUAAGCGACCGCGUAUUUCUGUGGGUUCUCAACCACCUCAUCCUGUAUCAUCUUUGCCUUCAGGCCAUGUGACAAACACUAUUUCACCUGCUGGUAUGGAAGCGUUACUUGGUAGUGUUGUUGUUAGUAAAGCUAUGGCAAGUCUCGCCGCUGGUUCCAACUUCCUUAAUCCAAAUGCAUAUUCUGCAGCUACAGAAGUUGCCGCAGCAGCUGCAGCAGCUCUCACACCGUUUUAUACAUCCAUCAAUAAUGGCAACGUAUCAAACUCAGCAUCAGUCACCACUCCUAACCAAGUUGUUUACCAACCUCACAAUCAACAACAUGGUUCAAUGGGUAAUAAUUCAUCUUCGGGCCCUCAUUUUCUCAAUCAGCAACAUAUUUUACCAUCUUCAAGUACAGCAUAUCCUGGUUCUUUGAUGGGUCCGAUACCUGGCUCACUUUUGAAUUCUUUGAAUAAUAGACCGUUUUCUCAUACAACUGUAUCUACGCAGGUUAUCACUUCCGGACAGGCUCUAGUGAGUGCACCUGGUUUAGGAUCUCAGUCUGUAGCUAGUCAUCCCCAGUCAUCGCAUUUGCCUACAAAAGCGCCACAUCCAACAUCGGUUGCUCAGAAUCCUUCCCGUUUGAUAUCUGGUCAUCUCCAUCAUCCACACGUUCCUACGCAUCCUACACAAGGCAAUUUCCACCAAUCGAAUCAUCCUUUGCCUCAACCAAAUUCUCAACAUAUGAUGGGUCAUUCUAAUCUGCCUCAGGGAAGCGGUGUACUUCGACAGCAAACGAAAGAACCAGCUUACCAUCCACAGGUUGAAGCCAUAUCCCCUGCUCCUGAUGAAUCUCGUUUAGUGGAUGCUCAAGAUGCGAAACUCCAUCGUGAACGUGAGGAAGUUAAUCGCCAGUUGACAGUAUUGGAUGCUGAUAUUAACAAACAAGAAUCCCAUUUAAGAAACCUUUGCGAACGUGAGGCUCGUCUAGCUGCUCGAUUGGCUGCAGCACCUGCCCCUGAUAUAUCCACCAAGGAAUUAGAAGGCAGUAGUGAUCCUGACAUUAAAGCAGAGAGAAGUGAUACUGCUACGUCGGAAGCAUCUUUCACUAUUAAAAAGAAUUUCCAACGAAAUUAUGAAAACCCAAUCCAGGCAAUUAUUUCAGAAAACCGGCAACGUACUCGUCAAAGGCACCUUAUCUUUACUAAACUUUGUGGUCCAAAAGUCAACCCGGGACCUUAUGCACUGCCUUUCUACCGCCAACCAUCUGACCUACCUAGUGUCAGGGCUAUACAAUCCAGUUUUCGUGGCCAUUUCCGAUCAAAACUUAUUCUCUACCUUCAGAGACGUCUGCGAGCUGAACAGAGUCGUAUCAAAUUUUUGGCCCAACAGUAUGAACGAAACUCAAAGAUAUUCACUAAAAAAAUGGAUAAGUUGCUAAGCACAACUAAACGUCGUCAGCGAGACUUACGUCACCGUGAUAUCUUUGAAAAAGCAUUGCCAGAAGUGAAGAAAAAUCGUGAGGAUCGAGAAAUGGGAAGCACAGAAUACGCUAAAUCAGGAGUUGAAGAUGCUGAUUCCGGUGGAAUGUCAAAUCUAGCUGAUGGAUCUCAGGCCACUCCUUACGAUGCCAUUGAGGAGAUGAAUAAACUAAAGGAAUAUGCGAUUGAUCCUCCAGUUAUGCUUGCACCAUGGCAACGUCGCUACCAAUUUAUAUGUGAAUCAGGUUUAGUCACAGAUUGUCGCGCUCAGCUUCAGGAAACUCAAGAUCUAUCCAAAUGGUCAGAGGAGGAAAAACAAAUAUUUAAAGAACGGUUUUUAGCAACUCCCAAAAAUUUCACUUCAAUAGCUGCACAUUUAGAUCGUAAGACGGUUGCAGACUGCAUACACUAUUAUUAUCUGACCAAGAAAAAAGAGGGUUAUAAACAGCUAUUAAAAAAACAUAACGCCCGUCGUCGUCGGGCCGCUCAAACAGAGCGUGGUGGAGGAGGUAGUGGCGGUGCGUCAAGCAACUCAAACACUGGUGGAAGUAGUGGCGGUCAUGGUAAUAACGGCAGUCAUUCAAACGCUCACUCAGUACCUCCAUCUGGGAAUUGCCAAAAUGUAAAUACAAACUCUCCUCGGGGUGACAAUAACGAACCAGAAGAGAAAGAUUCGGCAAAUCCAAGAACUUCACAAGCAGAUUCUUCUGGACACCCUGAAUCUAACGAAAAUGCUGAGAUUAGGGAUACUGAUGGAUCCAAAAGUUCUUCAAAAAGAGAUGGUGGUGGAGCGAGGAGCCGAACUGGUCGAGGUCGCCCAUCUCAGCACUCUUCACAUUCAAACCAUGCCAACGCUGACAAUAACUCUACUGUAUCGCAUGGCCGUAACCGUGAAAAUAAGUGUUCUCGGAACAACACUGACUCUCAGACGCGCCGGGCUUCCAUUGAUGCCAAGGAGUCUGAAACUGAUCAUUCACUUCCUACAUUGGAUAAGGAAUUGCCAGUGGAAGAUAAGAAAAAGAAUGAUCCUGAAAGCCAUACUACAACUAGUAACUCUAAUUCCCAAAUGACAGAAGCUGUUACUAAUUCUAAUAAGUCUCAAGCGGAUUCAGAGGCAGUGUCCAGUACUUCACCUUGCAUCAAGGAUUUGAUCCACUUUGCCAUUGAGAAAAAUCUAUCCAAGCCUUCAAAUGAUAAUCAAACGAAUUCAACUGAAACGUCCUCUCGAUUUGCUCCUUCAGAGGAAAAUAUGUUUCAGACUGCCAGCAGUAAUUCAGAAAAUUGUGAUGUAAGUACCUCAAAGACCACGAGCUCUUCAACCUUACCCAUGACGUCAGUUUCUUGUGAUUCUAGUAAUUUAAAUAAAGAUAAUCUUGAUUCAUCUCCAACUAUUUUUCCAUCUACAACCGCAGCUGAAAUAUAUGCUGCAGCCGCACGUUUUGCGGCAGUUAGCGCUAAUGCUUGUGGAAUGAAUACUGAUCCCUCAGCAAUAUCUGUCUCCGAAUCUGUCGAAAAUGGUAAUCGAAAUGUUUCUCAUUCAUCAUCAUCAUCGAUUGCUUCAUCGACUACUUUUAUGCAGUCAAAGUCUGAUCAGUCUGACCUUUCAUGUGUCGAUAUAAAGAAAAAAUGGGCAGCUUCUACAAGUCUUCCUUGUAAUACCUUAGGUUAUUCGCAUCAGAAUGCGGCUGGUCGUUCACUGGACCCGUCUGCUUCCAGUAAAGCAAUUUUGAUAGGAGAUUUUCUUACUGCUCAACAACUUGGUAGAACUGACUCGUCUAGCUGGGGCAACAGCCACGUAACUUCACGUUCAGCUGAUUACACAGGAUCAACCCAUCAGCUAUCCCGAUCUAUUGAUCCCUCAACAUUACCUGUACCUGUUUGCCAUCCCUCGCAUUCUUCGACAGCUUAUAAUAAUUAUGAGCCUCAAUCAGGGUCGAAUUAUCGAUCAAUAUCGGUUGUUUCUGACAAAGGUUUGAGCAAUGAUUUCCUCGCCGAACACGCUAUUAGACUCGCCAUGCAAGCUAAAGCUGCUGCAGCAGCGGCAGCAGCUGCCUCCGCCUCUGCAUCUAUCCAACUAGAUGGUGGUCGUCCGUCUGCAUCCAUAGUCGAGAAUAACUUCAAUUCAGAACGCUGUGUAUAUUCUCCUUUGACACCAAGUCCAGUUAAAGUUGAUGGUGUAUCAGCUACUGUCAGUCUUUCUUCUUCCGUUCAACCGAUUCUUUCACGAAUACAAAAUCUAAAAAAUGAUGGUAUGCAUCACUUUUCUCCUUCAUUUGCUAACCAAUCAGUUGGUGUAUCAAAUUCUAUGCAUUCGAAACUUGACAGUGAUCCUAGCAUAUCUAUUAAUGCAGCUCAAGUUGCCUCAUUUGUUGCCAAUGCCAACAGAUUGUAUUUAGAAGAAGUUGGAUCUUACACUUCGCGUGAUAGGUCUGAUUCUAUGCGAACACUAACCAGUAGUGAAGCUACUCAACUUUACAGCGUAUUGCAACACUUACGUCAGCAAAAACAAGACGGUGAUUCUCUUUCACAACAGAAAACUUGCCAUGUUUCAAACACGAAUAUAGAUAUUUCAAAGCAAAAUUUCAGAGAACAGCAGACAGAAGAUAUGGGUAUUUUUCCACCUCGUCCACAUUCAUCUGAAAAUACUUCAGAUCAUCCUGUUGAUCCAUACUCGGAAAGAGAAAUUAUGAGAGGAGCACAGUCAAGAUUUAUGGGUUACAAUUCUCCACUAAAUAUGCCUGAAGAUUCACAUGGGGCCCGUAAAUCAGUUUCACGUACUGGACAUUCGAAUUUUAUUCCCGACUCAGUAGAUCCUUCAUGCGAUCCGUCUGCACUCGCUUCCGAAGCCCGCUACCGUCGUCGAGGAUAUACAGAAUCGCAAAUUAAUCUCCGGCAUAUAUCCAACGCUCCUGGACCUAAUAUGGGUUCUAGUGUCGGAGACAGCCAGUUGGUUCCUGUUCAUUCUGAAAUUCCUAACAAGUUACCUGCUGUUGAAGAGAAAGGAGAUGUUAGUCAGACAUCUUUUACUACAGCUACUUACAUAGAUGCCUUGAUAAAUAGUCAUUUAAGUAAAUCGUCUAAAACACAGGUUGACCGCCCUCGAACCUCUUCUAACUCCAUUGAAUCGGAUGUCAACCAACCUAUAUUAGUUUCCAUCACUUCAGCUAGUCCUUCUAGCUUCAGCAAAUAUAGCUUACCUGAAUUGACUGUGGAGGAGUCGAAAACAUUCAAUUAUCGAACAGAUAAUUCAAAUGCUGUCCAUGCACACCAGUCUAUUGCAGGAAAACGUUCAUCCAUACCUAUGGGUUCAAAUACACUAGAGAACCAAAUUAAUAAGGCUAUUGCUGAAGAAAUUCGAGCUAAAACUUCUGCAAGAAAUUCAGUUAUACCGUCGAACGUGUGUUCUCCUCAUCAGUCAAGGACUCCGUCACCUGUUAGCAAGUUUCAUUCUACAAGAAAUUCAGAAUCUCAAUUUUGCAACAUGAAUGUUCCGCCCAAAAAACAAGAUCGUUCACUUUCCCGCUCCCCUGGAAUGGUUAAUUGUUCAGUGCUGACCGGUUCUAGAGAUCAUAUGAGCCAUUCUGCAGCUAAGAUGUCUGCACCUGAAUCACAUACCAUGAAAAUAUCCCCUAGCAAUCAAAACGUUAUGAAUAAAACGUGUCAAAAGUUGACUUCUGUUGAUGAAAGGCGAAAAGCUCCUGAAUUGGGAAAUAAUGUUACAAUUGAUUCACCAAUGAACCAUUCAGCUUCACCAGUCAGCGACAUUGAAUCUCCUGGGAAGUUACAGAUUGAUUUGGCUACUUCAAGUUACUCACCUAAAGUUGUACAUGAAUCAGCCAACUCUGUCAUCUCAGGUAAUUCAGAUUGUAGACGUAACAAUUCUCCAGAUCAUUGGUCGUAUGCAUACUCAAAUGAUAUUGGUAAAGAUUGUGAUCACAAUUCUUCUAAAAUACUAGAAGCAUGCAAUAUUGAUUCAUCAGAUUCUACCUCAAUGAAAACACUUUAA